AUGCAUUCCAUUCCCUUAAAAUCAUUCAAUCCGCCCCUCCUGUUUUUUCCUAUUACAUUCCCUCUUCAUCCUUCAUUAACAACACCACAACCCUCCAAUGUUACCACCAUCCACCACCGCCAUCCGCCGUCGUCACCCACCACCGCCAUAGCUACCACUGCCGCCGGCCAGCUCCGACCACCACCACCGCCCACCGUUGCCACCCACCAACAACACCACCACUACAACCGCAACCAUCGCCACCACCUCCCCCACCAGCCACCGUUGCUGCCGCCACCGUCGCUGCCACUACUGAUCAUCGCCGCUACCCACGUCCGCCACCACCCAUUGUUGUCGCCGCCGCCACCUCCCACCAUCGCCGUCGCAACCACCACGACACCGCCCACCGUAGCCUUCGCUACCACCUCCGACCACCGCCGCUAUCAACACCCACCACCGCUGCCACCCAUCGUCGCCGGUACAACCGCCACCUAUCACCACCCACUAUCAUCGUCCACCAAUGACCAUUGCCAUCCGAUUUGA